AUGGUCAGUGAUAGUGAGGAAGAAGAUACAGUUGUGAAGAUUGGGAAUGUACUACAGGAAAUUGAUGAGGAGAACUGGAUUACCAUGGGUGGGAUCGAUGAUAGAUCUGCUUGUACAUUUACAAGGGGAUAUGUAAAACGACAGGCGCUUUACACUUGUCAUACAUGUCUAAACGUAGACGAAGUAAAAGCUGCGAUUUGUUUCCCUUGUGCAAUUGAGUGUCAUUCUGACCAUGAUAUAGUUGAGCUAUACACCAAACGAUAUUUUAGAUGCGACUGUGGAAACUCAAAAUUUGCUGGUGUUUGUAACUGUCUAUUGUGGGAGGAGAAGGACGAUGAAAAUGAUUUAAACCGGUACGACGACAACUUUUCUAACCGAUAUUGCACGUGUCAACGUCCGUAUCCAGACCCGGAUUAUGACGGAGUUGAAGAAAUGAUUCAGUGUGGCAUAUGCGAAAACUGGUUUCACUUGGAGCAUCUCAACAUGGAUAAAGAAUUCGAACCACCCGAAGAUUAUAACGAAAUGACCUGUUUUAUGUGCAUUAAAAAGUACGCGUUUCUAUUUAUAUAUGCAUAUAACACUGAGGAAACGUUCCGGCAAUCUUUUACAAAGAGUAACAGCUUGACUGAGUUUAUUUAUACUCCAGAUUCUAAGAGGUUGAGGAAAACCGUAAAUGAAGGUACGACUCAUCCUGAAGACAAUUCUUAUUGUCGUUUGUCCAUGUGGGCUAGUAAGAUGAAACAACACGUGUCUGAGUUCUGCUGUUCGUCUCUUGAUAACUUGGACAACCUCGACCCCAAGCUAGUACCAUCAGUGUUUUGGAUCUCUGAUUGGAGAAGCUUCCUUUGUCGAUGCGAAAACUGCAAGGAAAUGUACAAGCACCUUAAUGUCGAAUUUCUAUUGGAUCCUGAAGACUCAGUAUCCCAUUACAUGCAACUGGGAAAACAGAGGACUAAAUCAAUUAACGAGGAAGAGAAACGCACACUAAAUGAGGCUCUUGCAGAGUUGCCGCAUCCUGCAGCAGUAAAUUUUGCAACGGGAUUUGUACGACUGAAAGAAGCUCUGGAAGAAUUUUUCACCAAGAAGAGAGAUAAAAACCACAUUGUAACAGAAUCAGAAGUAAAAGCUUUUUUCGAAGACUUUCGGAAGCGCAGUCAAUCGUAA